AUGGGCUAUGAUGGUGGUGAAUUCAUUAACCCUCUUCCAAGGGACUCCGACCCAGUCCCUUGGCUGAUUCAAGGCCGCUUGCCAUUAUUGGGUCCUCGCCGGCGACGAACGCGCCAGAGGCACCGCGACAGAAAGGCGCUCCUUUAUCCGGGUGGUCAAGCAAUGACUAUCGUAGGUCAUCUUGGCCAGCGCCAGCCAGUAUCAAGAACUGCCUGGGUUGUCGUUGCCGCUGGCAGUGCGGAGACCCAGGCUUUGGCCGAAGCGAGACCAAAUGUUCUAAUUCCUCCCAAACCUCGAAUCCUUUGGGAAUUUGAUUUCAAGGUUUCAAAGCUGACUUGGCAGAUCAUCUCAGUGGGCAAACAGCCAACCUGCCUGGAUGCCAGCCAAGGUUGUAAAGCAACAACCACAGAACUAACCAUCUCAGCAUCUACCAACACAUCACAUCAUCCGUCAGUUGAGGACUUGACUGGUGCCAGGUUUGCAUCGGGUAAGACCAGCUGUAUCCUCGGUAGGAGCAGCCAAUGCAAGCGGACAAAUAUGCAGCCCAGAUUGUUCAAAGCUGCAGCUCUAGUUCUGUUUCUCACACCACUUGCGUUGACCGCACCUACUGAGAAUGAUGCCUCUGCUGAUGUUCUAGCAUGCAAACCUGGCACGUACCGUUGCGCCUAUCAAGAUAGUAUCACCAGUUCGAUUGAGGUCUGUGCCGGCGGGAGAUGGGUACCCUCAGCUCGAUGUGCGAUGCACAGGUUAUCAUCAACUAUUAUAAAUGAAUCUGGAAAGGCCAAAAAACGGACGCUGUUAUAUAACCAGGGCUGCAAAACUGGUGAUCGCCAUCGAGGGGAUGACUUCGCGUCCUGGAACGCUUUCCAUACCGAAUACGCCUUCAGAAAAUCCCAGAGGUGGGAAAAAUACCGCCACAUAGAUACCAUUGCCAGAUAUCAUUCGAUCUUGAUAUCAGACAUAAACAAGCAGGUAGAUGAAAUCUCGAUAUAA